UCAACAAGUAAUAGUUCAGUAAAUCCAAAAGCAUUUCCAUUGGCUGAUGCCGACUUAACUAACCAAAUACUCGAUCUAGUUCAACAAGCCUUGAACUAUAAACAAUUGAAAAAAGGAGCUAACGAAGCUACUAAGACACUUAACCGAGGUAUGUCAGAAUUUAUUGUGAUGACAGCUGAUACAGAGCCAAUCGAAAUUCUAUUACAUCUUCCGUUACUUUGUGAAGAUAAAAACGUUCCAUAUAUAUUUGUUCCUUCGAAAACUGCGUUGGGUCGUGCAUGUGGUGUCUCACGCCCAGUUAUUGACGAAUUGGAAGAAAUAAUUGAAGAUAGUGGAAAUAUUAUUGACUUUCUCAAAUUACUGGAUUAUGUGGAUGGAGAUUCAUCAAUUGGAUUUAAAUCAGCAUCUUUACAAAUUAAUGGUGAAUAUGUGUAUGGAUGGUGUAAAUAUGAAUCGGGAGUUCAUAGAUUGGUUAGAAAUUCUCCGUUCGAUAUUCAAAAUAAAAGACAUACAACUUUUGCAUUAGUUAAAGUUUCGCCUGACGUGGAAGACGAUGACCUUAAUUUAAUAAAUAUUUCACCAACAGAUUUAAAAGUAGAAACAUUUAGAGCAAGUGGGCCAGGUGGGCAACAUGUCAACACCACUGAAAGUGCUGUCAGGAUUACUCACUUGCCAACAAAAAUCACUGCGCAGUGUCAAGGUUCAAGAUCUCAGCAUUCAAAUAAAGCGGAUGCUAUGAAAUUACUCAAAUCCAGGUUAUACAAUAAAGUUUUAGAAGAAAAACAAAUUGCAAAAAGACAAAAUAUAAAUAUUUCAAACUUUACUCCAUGGGAUCUUAGAACCGGUUAUGAAACUACACAGGUAGACAAUGUUUUGCUUGAUGGCGGAUUAGAUGA